AUGUGGGCACAAUGUCGGCGAGCGAUCUCCGACUUUACUCUAAACUCUGCCAUAUACUGCUCCAUUGCGCUGGGCAUACUGCCUUAUGGUUACAAUAGACCACGUCGGGGCAUGGUGCCUUCCAAAGCAGCGCUCGUGUAUAGUGUUUGUAUUGAUUUGCUUAUUAUUUGUAUGGCGCUCUACGCCUGGCCCUCUGCAAGGCUGAUACACUUUGAGCGGAUCAGGCAUUGGUCACUACUCGAACUUCUCAGUCAGUUUGUGAUUUUGGUAAAUGUCAGCGCGCUCUUAAACAUUAUGUGGACCAAUUGGAGUGAGUACAAGUGCAUUUUGGGUUUAUUAAACGAAUAUUCGUCGAUCGAGCGUUCGUAUUUCAUAAGACACACGAGCUUAAUGUACGAGUGUGCUGCCUAUGAGCAUUACAUCAUACUCAAAGGACUCGCAAUGUUGCUGAAGAAUCUCUCUUUCGUUUACGUGGCACUUGUGUUGUUUAAGGAUGUGACUUGGCCCAUUGUCGCGGUGCAUAUUAUGACUAUGUUGUUGGUGAAUAUUAUCUCGUUGGUUGUGAUGCAUUUCUACAUAUUCAUUUUAGUCACUUACCGUUAUAUUUGGAUAAUGAGAGAACGUCUCAAGUGCAUAGCCAACGAUUUAGGUCUACCACACAGUUCAAAUCUUCAGUCCAUUCGGUAUGAACUCAGUGAAAUUACCGUUAUUUAUAUGCGUUUACUGCGCUUUUGCGAACAGUUCGUUCGAAUUUACGGUAAACAAAUGCUGCUCUGCAUCUCCGGCGUCGCGGGCGUUAAUGUACUAACAUUGAUCCUGCUGCUCUUCGUUUGGCGUGAGGUUGUGCAUAAGCUGAACGUCGCCUACUCUUGGUAUGUGCUGGUGGUGAACACCUUGGAUUUCUGGUUGAUCAUAUCUGCCUGUGAAUUGGCACUGGGCACGGCGUUCGACUUUGUCGCACUGCAGCGAAGUUUUAGUAAUUAUGCGCCUUUGAGUGCGGCGUUGGAGAGAGAGCUGGAAAUGCUCGCUUUGGUCUGCGCAACCAGUACACCACAAUUUCGUUUGUGCGGUCUGCUAGACUUGGACUACUCUACCGGUUUGAAGGUUCUAAUGACCACAAUAUUGUAUGUUAUCUAUUUAGUGCAAAUGAAUUAUAAGAAUUUGUGA